AUAGAAAGAGAGAGAGAGAAUAACAGUGUAAUUGUUAACCAAAAAAAAAAAAUUGUUGUCAAAACAAAUAUGAUAUAAUAAAAAAAUUAUUUAUUUUUUUUUAAAAAAAAAUACAGUUAAUUUAUGUCAAACAUCAUAUGAUCGGCCAAUUGAUCCAAUUGUUCCUCAUCAUCAAUAUCAUCAUCAUUCAUAUAUCAAUGAUAUUUUACAUAAACAUUAUACAAAUCGAUGGCCGAUAUUCACUGUUGUUUUUAUGACAUUAAUUGCAGAUAUUAUUGAAAGAGAGAGAAAAAUUUGUGACCAAUUAGUAUCAACUCAUAGUGACAUCACUGGUGGUUGUGGUCAUCAUCAAAGUCUUCAGUAGUGUCAUCAGUUCAUCAGUGAAAACACUAAUUGAAAUAUACAUUCAAUUCAUAUGCGCAAAGAAUCUGCAAAUUCUUGACUCUUUUAUCUGUCUGUGUAUUAACUCUUCAUCUGUGUCUUCAUAAUCAUCAGUGACAUCAUUACCAGAAGAGAAAGAGAGAGAUAUGGGUUUAUUAUCUUUGGGUAAACCAUUGUCAUGGGAUGAGACCAAACAACACGCCGAACAUGUCCGACAACACGGCAUCAAUCAGUUCAUCAAUUUGUUUAAGAAUCUGAAAGACAGAAACGAUAAGACACUGAAAUGGGGCGAUGAAAUCGAGUAUAUGAUUGUCAAGUUUGACCACAAAAACAAAAAGGCAAGACUCAGUCUGAAGGCCAAACAGUUGUUGGAUGUUAUGGACAGUCGAGAACAACUGGAAGGUAGCAAUCGUGCUGUUCUUUGGCGACCCGAAUGGGGCGAAUGGAUGAUUGAGGGGACACCGGGAAAGCCGUACGGCAUCGACGAGUCUAACUAUUCGGGCGGCGGAUCGCUCGCCCAUUUCAAUGUAGUCGAGGCCAAUAUGAAGAGCCGCCGACAAGAGAUCAAUGCUUUGCUGGAUGAAGACGAAGCACUUCUCUGUAUUACUAGUUAUCCGCGUUUAGGAACCGAUGAUUUUAGUCAUCCGUUUACAAAACCUGAUCCGAAAAACAGUGCAACAAGAAGUCAAUUCUUGUCCGAUGACGUCAUCAGUAGCUAUCAUCCAAGGUUUAAGACAAUUGCCGAAAAUAUUCGCGAACGUCGCGGCCGUAAAGUCAUCAUAAAUGUACCCAUUUUUAAGGACUCGAAAACAGUUGAUCCGUUCAACGAAACGUUCGACGAUGAAGAAUCAGAUUCGGCAUCGAAGACCGAUCAUCUAUACUUGGAUGGCAUGGGUUUCGGUAUGGGCUGCGCCUGUCUUCAGGUAACAUUCCAGGCGUCGAACAUCAAUGAGGCCCGUGUUCUCUACGACCAGUUGACACCUAUGUGUCCGAUUGCUAUGGCCCUGAGCGCCGCCUCGCCCAUACACCGGGGCUAUCUGGUCGACCGCGACUGUCGAUGGGGUAUCAUCUCGGCCUCGGUUGACGACCGAACCAAGGAAGAGCUCGGCGAAGAACCGCUGAAUCACAAUAUGUUUCGUAUAACGAAAUCCCGUUACGACUCAAUCGACUCGUAUCUGUGCGAAGCUAACGACAAAUAUAACGACAUUUUGCUAACCUAUCAGAAGUGUUACUAUCAGCAGAUGAUCGACGCCGGUGUCGACCCGAUGCUGGCCAAGCAUAUCGCCCAUCUGUUUAUCAGAGAUCCGAUUGUUGUCUAUAAGGAAAAGUUGGACCAAAACGAUGAGAUCGAGACCGACCAUUUCGAGAACAUACAGUCGACUAAUUGGCAGACAAUGCGAUUCAAGCCACCGCCGCCCCAGUCGGGUAUCGGCUGGCGGGUCGAAUUUCGGCCAAUGGAAAUCCAGAUGACCGAAUUUGAAAACGCCGCUUACGUUGUGUUCAUUGUUUUGUUGACCAGAGUUAUACUGUCGUUCAAAUUAAAUCUAUUGAUUCCCAUUUCAAAGGUCGAUGAAAAUAUGAUCGAAGCUCAGAAACGUGAUGCCGUCAAGAGAUCAAAGUUUUGGUUUCGAAAAGACAUUAUCAGUUUGAGAUCACCGCCCGAAGCGGCCAAAUGUGUGGAAGCGACCGGUUGUUGUUCGGAUAAUUGUUGCGAAAAAUCUGAUUCAGAAACGACACCGUUUGAUGAGUCGUGUGUACUGAUGUCGAUCAAUGAGAUUAUCAAUGGAAAGGGUCAACAAUUUCCCGGUUUAGUACCAUUACUCAAACACUACCUGAGCAGUAUUGAACUGGAUGUCGAUACCCAGUGUACUAUUCAACAGUAUCUCAAUUUGAUUGCCAAUCGAGCUUCGGGUAAACUGAAGACAACUGCUCAAUGGAUUCGGGAUUAUGUCAGUCAACAUCCGGACUAUAAACACGACUCUAUAGUCAACGAUACGAUUAAUUAUGAUCUACUGAUGACAUGCAAUCGUAUACAAAAAGGAGAGCUUAACCCUCGGGAACUGGUCGGUGAUAAUCCCCGAACUAAAACCAAUUUAUAA